GAUUUAUUUCCCUGUGUUGGUGCUCGCUAUCUUGACAGCGCCGACAUUUUUGCUUUCAUGAUGCCGCCACCACAGUAACCGAGCCGUCAUUGGCUCGAACGCCGCCUAGGCUCCUCCCCUUUGGACAAUUGCUUUUGCGCCCAUCUUCCUGCAAGCGGACUGCUAAACGGGCACGCUUGCUGCACUGCUCACUCUCGCACACCACACCGCGGUUGAGACUGCUCGGAUUUCUUUUCACACCGUUCGCAUCCAAAGCAAAAGCAGCGCAAACAGGCAAGAGAGCAGGAGAGUUUCGAGCCCGCUGUCAGUUUGUCAGUGCCCGCCGUCUUCGUGUGCCGUGUGCGUGUUUUUCAAGCAGAGCCCGCUCGAAGCGUUGUUGAACCCGGUUUUUAACCUGCCAGCCUACCGAUAGUUGAGAAAGGUGUUUCUCGUUUGUAGCAGGCAGAUCGACACUAGCGUGUGUAGUGAGUGCGCGGGUGAAGAGACGACGGCUGACUUGCCAUUAGCGGCUUGAUUGAUUGAUUGAUUUGAGCAUACAGACCGCCGCCACUACUGCCGCCGUCGAAUGCUUUUGUUUGCUAUGGAGUGGAGCAGUAAAGAGUGAAGUCGAUCGACCCCGUCAGUUUCGAAAUUUGCGUUUGUCGGUGCGUUUCGCGUUGCGUUUUCUGUUCGUUAUUGUUUGCUGCUCGACAAGUGUUAAGAUACUUCGAUUUUUUUGUUUUGAAAAUGAUGGAACAAACUCGGUUUCGACGAAGGAUUAUUAGCAGUGUUUUGGUGUGUUGAUAAAUGACACGUGAAGAAAACGGUUGAGAAGUUUGUUUCCACCUUGACAAGUUGGAUUGUGGAAUCGGUGCGUACUUGACGAAACAGUGAAAAACAAAAAAGCGUGAAUCAACGCGCAAAAUCUGUGAUUUAGUAGCAAGUAUAAGGUGUAGUGAUAAAAUGUUGUGCAGAAGUCCACCUCCAGCGAGUCCGGCCGGGUCGGAAAUCUCCGUCGGAUCACCCAGCCCGCCUCCUGUAGACCACCAUCACCACCACCUGCAGAACCAUCACAGUCGAAGUGACGAAUAUUUCAGCCCACUGAAGCGGUUACGGAUGGUUGAGCACCAUAGUACGAGCCCGAAGGAGCCUAGUCCAAAACCAGAACCUCCGAGCCCUCCACCGACUGUUGCUGCAUCCGCGUCGACCGUAAAAUCGUUUUCGAUAGCGGACAUUCUCGGCCGGGACACAGAAUCCAGCAAUCGUGAUAGUGCACUAGCCCUACAUCACCACCACAGUACGCUGCAGGCAGCGGCAACAAAAAUCGUACGACCAUGGGACCACCUUCGAGGUCCGAUCCCUGUCCGGCCGUUUCUGCCCCCUGCAUUGCUUCACUACGAACACAGGUUGGCGUUAGACUACCACCAGCAGCUGCAGGAACAUUUCCGAGCACAAGCCCAAUUACUGCGGCACAUGAGCAUGGACAUAAUUCCCUCGGAAAGUGGCUCGGAGCGAUCCAGCUCGGCGGCCAGUGGAGAUUGUUGUUCGCCGGAAAUCGGGCGAAGUUCUGAACACCAGUCCUCGCAAUCGUCAUCCUCGGGCUCGAACAACAAUAAUGGUGGUGCCAACGGAGGCGGCAGUGGGAAGGUCUCCGGCCAGAAAACUACCCCCAAUGGAACCCCCCUGGAUGCGCUGUUCCAGAUGACGAACAAGAACUUCGACGAGGGCAAUGAAGAUGGGGAACAAUCGCAUUUGAACCUAUUUGCCAACCGACCCCAACCAAAGAAGAAAAGGAAAUCCCGGACGGCCUUCACCAACCACCAGAUCUUCGAACUGGAGAAGCGAUUCCUCUACCAAAAAUACCUGUCGCCAUCGGAUCGGGACGAGAUCGCGGCGGCCCUCGGUUUAUCCAAUGCUCAGGUGAUAACCUGGUUCCAGAACCGCCGGGCCAAGCUCAAGCGGGACAUGGAAGAGCUGAAGAAGGACGUCGAAACGGUUAAGGUCCUGUCCGCGCACAAGUCGUUCCUGGAGAACGUCAACGACAUGAACAUCCUCAAGAAGAAGAUUAUGCACAACGACGGCGGUGGCAGUCCGCACAAAUAAUAUCCGGAGCCACCACCACCGUUCUUCGGUGGCGCUGGUGGCAGUGGUGGUGGUGGUGCCCGAGGGCCGCCGCCAGCUUCGUUGAGCGCCGUCAUUGGAUCGUGCCCUGCUACGCCGGCCGAGCAGCAGGCCGCCACCAAAACCCUCAUCAAUCUCACCACCUACGGCAGACUGCUGCAAUCGAUUGCCUCCGAUAAGACUUGAAACCCUCCUCCCAGUGAAAUGCGUGCAUCAGCGUAGGGUGCACACUACUGGCACCGCUGCUAGAUUCAGUACUAUACUUACGUGUAAAGUUAACUAGAACUGUUGUAAUUCCUAAUCAUGUGAAAGGCGAACGUGUAAUGAGAGUAGCCGAGUGAGUGAUGCCCAGUGUUGAUAGUUUUAUCCUAUUGUUUAAAUGUUAUUUUGAUGAAAGAGAAUUUUUGUCUUUUUUAUAUUUACCAGCUAGAUAAUUUAUUCGAUUCGAGGAUGUUCCUCCGGUCUCAGUAGCCUGUGUAAUUUAGUAGCUUAAGUCGCAUAAUCCAGGUCGAAUCGUGUAGAUGUGUUUGUUUCUUCUCACUCGCAGUAAGAUUCUUGUAAUUUAUGUGUACAUUAUAGCAAAUAAAUAUGAAACCGCAAACGAAACGAGAGACUAAUAAUAUUGAUCAUCGAUUAGCUAGGCCUGUUUGAUUCGAUCAACCAUGUUUCUGUAAAUAAGUAUCUAUCAUCAAACAAAGCUUGUUCCUUCUUUAAUUCUUCGAUUUGACUGCAAUGAAUAUAAUGUAAUCUACUCGCUUAGGCUGGGAUGAAAUGAUCUAAAUUUUCGCACAUGAUUUUGAGGAAAAUUGAAAGUUUUUAGCGCACUGAGGUCGUAUUUUUAUAAGAUCAAUAAUCACAAUAGUAAUCUGUUGUGAGUGGCAGUAUAUGACUUAGUUGUUCGUUUGUCUCCUUUGAAGAUGAAUUGUUACGCAAGAAUUUGUUAACUGAAUUGAGCAACAUUCGUGCCCUCAGAACAAGGUAUUCAAUCUAGUAUUCUAAAUCUACCUACCUAGUGAUAUUCAACGAUAUAGAUUCGAUCUGGCAUAGCUUCAUAAAAAAAACUCCUACGAAAUUAAUUUUCUUUUCCAAACAAAGCAUCCCAUCAGAUAAAGCCAAUAUCAUUUCAAUCAUUCGGUAGCUCGUUUUGAGGUUGAACACGGAUGUCUCGGACGCUCUGGAGAAGAAACCGGACGCCACCGUUGCUCGCAGUUGACCAUGCUUCUGUCGCUGCUUCUGUAACAAAAAAAGUAAAAAAUGAGUAUUAAUUGAAAAAUGAAAUGUUAAGUAAUAUUUCCUAUAUAGCGUAAUUAAAAGAGCGCGUAAAAGUGGGUAGUUUAAUUAACUGUGAUUACGGGUGUUGGCAACGGCGGCGGCGUGGUGAAAAGGCGAAAGUCGCACCGAAGUGUGAGAAGUAAAAUGAAAUAUCAUCCAGUAUUCCACACCGAAGCGAAGCACCCACCAGUGAGUGCUGUGGUUGUUGUUGCAGUGGCAUGAGAAUAAAGGGAACGAGCAAACAAGCAGACUCAUGAAACAUGAAAAAUUGUACAUAUUUUAUCAUUAUUGGAAGAACGUUUUUCCUCUUCUCGGAAAUUUUUUUUUCGCUUGAAUUAUAGACGAAUUAGCCCUAUUGGGGGCAAGUACUAAAUGAAAUGCGUAACCCGGAUCAAUCAAGCAGUAGAAGUACUCCUGAGAAAACCCAAUUGAACAAAUUAUACAAAUAUAUGAUUGCUUUAUGAUAUGAUCUAAGCUGAAUUGUAAUUCAUAGCAAGUACACACAGAUCGAAAACAAGUGAGAAAUCACAAUAAGAUGAAAAAAUAUAAACCACUGA